GUUGCAGUCCUCGAAAUAAGCUGGGUAUUAUUUAUUAUGUGUCACCAGACACCUGAGAAAAUCGUGAAAACCACGCAUUGCAAACAAAAACGUGAUCACAAACAAAGCAUUGGUUAAGGGAAAAUACCAACACAUAGACGUAACCAAUACAAGACUUGAUCUUUCGUUUGCGAAUUAUUUUGGGGGCUGUGUUAAUGUGAUCUAUUAUUCCUAUCCAAAAUUAGUAUGUAUGUGAUAGCAGGUAAGACAUAAUGCACUACGAUAAACUUGUUUCUUUUGUUUGUACUUAAUAUGGUAUUGCUUGUAUUUCAGAAUGCUGAAUAAUCCUGCCGUUGUGAAUUCUUUGGCCAAACUAAGAAAGAAUAGAAACAAGGAGAAUCCUCUUUCUGGGAGUUCUGAUCACUUAUCUUCACUGAUAUCAGAUGCAAGCUAUGCAUAUUCUCAGUUAUAUGGGGAAUCUUCAACGUCACAGGUAUUGUCUAAUACAGACACUAAUGAUAAAAGCAGAAGGAUGGCCAACAGUGGUUUUGAGUAUGGCGACAGAAAAGCGUCCAGAGACGCAGAUAAAAGUGAAAUACAGAAAAAGAGAAAAUAUGAAGAAGACAGUCAUGAUAAUUCCAAAAAGCAAAAAGUGUCACCUUCUGUAAGUGUUAGGGGCAGAACAGCAAAAAGGAUUGUUGAUAAAUAUCCUGGAAGUUCUGGCCCUGCCAACAUACAAAGGGAAAAGCACCACACAAGAAAUGGUGACCCCGGAGACAAGACAUUAGACAGCUGUUUUAAAGGUGAUAAACAUUCAUUAGAUAAUGGGACCAAGGAUAAGAAAAAGGCACACGAAAAUGAUAAGAGAAGAAAAGGUGAAAAAGAAACGAGUGUAAAAAAAGAUGAAAAGGAAAAGAGUGUAAGAAAAGGUGAAAAGAGUGUAAGAAAAGACCACAUAUAUGAAAGGGAUAAAAAGACCAUAAGUACCUCCAAAACUGACCACAGUACAAUCGGAGCAACUGAGAAAUAUGACCAGAAAGAAAGAAAUGAUAAGAGAAGAAAAGGUGAAAAGGAAAAGACUGUAAGAAAAGACCACAUAUAUGAAAGGGAUAAAAAGACUGUAAGUACCUCCAAAACUGACCACAGUACAAUCGGAGCAACGGAGAAAUAUGACCGGAGAGAAAGAAAUGAUAAGAGAAGAAAAGGUGAACAGGAAAACAGUGUAACUAAAGACCACAUAUAUGAAAGGGAUAAAAACACCAGAGAUACCUCCAAAAGUGACCACAGUGCAAUUGGAGCAACUGAGAAAUACGACCAGAGAGAAAGAAACUCUCAUUCUGACAAAACUCGACAUAAACGUUUGGACCCAAGAAGUCAUCAAAGUUCCCCGUCUUCCAAAGGUGUUUGCACAGAAAACACUGACCUGGGGAAUGGUGCAAGUCAUUUAACACCGAUUUCAGAAAAACGGGCUAUUCUGGAAGAUGACGUUGAACACAAAGACAGUAUCAGUCAUUCCGAUAAGAAAAAGUAUACAGAACCUGGUCAACAUGGUAUUAAAACAAGAGAUAAUCCAAUUCACUUGACACAAGGGUUACCGAACCUGGUUAGUAUGGAAUGUAUUGAUCACAAUAUUAUACCCGUUUCAUCACCAGUUUUAAAACAAGUAGUUGAUAUGGAGAGUGGUGUUGCUAAUGUUGAACAGAACAAUUGUCCAGAUAGUUCACAAGUUUCACCAAAGACAAUUUCUAAGGAAGCUGAUGAUCUGGGGAGUACUAGUCAUGCACCAUUGAUUUCACAAAAAACAGUCAUUCUGGGACACAAUCCUUCACCAAAUAAUAUCUGUAGUGAUGGUGAUAAUAAGAGUAAUUCAGCACGGGUGUUGGCAAAAUCAAUUGGUCUUGAACAUGUUCAACAUGUUAUACAGGUGGAUGAUGUGCAUGAUCGAUCAAUAAUUUUAGAAAUAACAUUAAAUGUGAAAGGUGAUGUAAAGGCUGUUAAACAGAGAAAUAGAGCCCGCAAUAUACCACUGGCUUCACUCAAACGAAAGCAGGUACGAGAUGGUGAUACAACUACAAAACAAAGCGACAGUGCAGUUCAUUUAGCAAAAGAAAUUAUUCUGGAAGGUGGGGACCAUAUUGAUGAUGAGGUGAAUCAUUUGCUGCCUUCACCAAAGAAAAUUCGUAUACAAUAUACUACUGUUUACAGUCCUUCAAGUAACAGUGAGAAUAAGGCUUUAAAGGGAUUGUCAUCUGCAGCUGAAACUGAUGAGACAAACGACCAUGGUAAAGGUGCCAAAUGUCAUGAAACUGAUGAAGAAAGUUCAACUUCAAGUUCUGAUGAAGAAAGUUCAAGUUCUGAUGAUACAUCAUCAGAUAGUGACAGUGACGUGGGUGAACGUAAUUCAGUUUACCCUGCAUCAAGUGGAAUUCAUAACAAUUCUCAGCAGAUUGUGAAUGGUUCUGAUAAUCCACAUGUUUUAAAAUUAUUUGACAGACUGAAGCCCUUAAAUGAAUUGUUAAGUAGCAUGCUGAGUAGUCAGAAUAGAAGAACGGAUGCAUCCAAGACGGAUGUUUCUAAAGUUUCAAAAACUUCAGUGAGUAGCAAACAGACAGGUAAAGGAAAAGAUUCCAAAGCAAACGAUGCUACAGCAAAAAUAGUCUCAGAUAAACGUCAUACUAUCAGUGACAAAGACAAACCAGUUUCUAAAGUUUCAAAAACUUCAGCCAGUCACACACAGACAGGUAAAGCAAAAUAUUCCAAAGCAAAGGAUACCACAGCAAAAAUAGUCUCAGAUAAAAGUGAUACUAUCAGUGACAAAGACAAACCAGGUUCUAAAGUUUCAAAAACUUCAGCCAGUCACACACAGAGAGGUAAAGCAAAAUAUUCCAAAGCAAAGGAUACCACAGCAGAAAUAGUCUCAGAUAAAAGUGAUACUAUCAGUGACAAAGACAAACCAGUUUCUAAAGUUUCAAAAACUUCAGCCAGUCACACACAGAGAGGUAAAGCAAAAUAUUCCAAAGCAAAGGAUACCACAGCAAAAAUAGUCUCAGAUAAAAGUGAUACUAUCAGUGACAAAGACAGUCCAGUUUACAAUGAAAACAGUAUUAGGUAUCCAUGCAUUUCAUUGGAUGAUGAAGAUUGGUCACUGCAGCUGCACGUGGUCAGUGAUGAAGAAAUAAGCGAUGCUAGCUCUUUAGAGGAUGGGGAAUUACAGAAUGAAUCUCCAGAUGACUACAUUGUUAGCAAACGUCUAACUGAAAGAAAGCCCAAUUUUGAACCCCUAAUCAAAUUAAAGACACCAAACAUUUCAGCAUCCACCAGUGGACAGCAAAGAGGACAAAGAAAGGGAACAAAAUUGAGUAUGGAUUUAUACCGACCUAUGACUGGUGAAUCUCAUUCUUCAAAUCAAGCCACCAAGGCAUUUUCAACGUUAAAGGGUUAUAAAAUACCACGGAAAAGUUCCUUGGGCUCACAAAAAAGGCCAUUUUCAGAUGUCGGCAGCAUUGACAGGACUCCUAAGAGAAAAAGACUUGAAAAAUCACCCAGUCAAUCUGUAGGCUGGUAGUCUGACAGUGAUUUGAUAAAAAUAAAUGUAUAUAUCAAAUUUA